GUGCUCCACCCCCGGUACAAGACCCAAUACUUCAAGGACCAGUCAUGGCCUGACGAGUGGAUAGCGGAGGCCCGGGCGAUCAUCGAGGAAGAAUGGGCGAGCAACUACAAGCCCAAGGAAGCUCCCGCCGCCGCCGAGAUCCCCGCCGCGCCUGCACCGCAUUUUGCCGCUAUCGGUGGCGCUGCGAAGGCUGCGCAGUGCACUGACGCCCUGAAGACCUACCUGGAGGAGCCCCCAUCCGAGACCGUUACCGAUCCCCUCAAGUACUGGGAUCUGGUCCUCAAAUCGACGUCUGAGUCCAGCGGCCAGCAUGCCCUCGCUCAGAUGGCGAUUGACUUCUUGUCCGCUCCCGCCACCUCGACAGAUGCCGAGCGGGCGUUCUCACGCGGCCGCCUCACGGUGUCCCGCCUCCGCCAUUCACUUGCGGAUGAGUCCGUCCGUGCGAACACUGUCCUGGGCUCGUGGGCACGGAUCGCAGACCUCCUGCCAGAGGCCGACCUCAUCGAGGUCAUCCGUGAGCGCAGCGCCGGUAAGAAGCGUGCUGCGGAUGUCGCUCAGCCUGCCGCAAAUGGCGCCAAGGCUGGCGCUGCCGACGUCAUUGAACUGGACUAA